GGGAAGUGAACCGGAAAUGAGAAGGGAAAGUUCCGGUUGGCUCGAGCCCAUCAGCGGGUGUGAGAGUCCGUCAGGAUCCUCCCGCGGAGCCGGAGCCGGAGCCGGGGCUGCCGCCGGAUCCUCAAAAGUGACUGAUCUAUGAAAUGGCAGAGAAUGGAAAAAAUUGUGAACAGAGACUUACAGGAAUGAAUAAGGAACAGCACAAUGGAAACUUCACAGACCCCUCUUCAUUGAAUGAAAAGAAGAGACGGGAUCGGGAAGAAAGGCUGAAUAUUGUCCUGUGGAGGCAGCCACUCAUUACCUUGCAGUAUUUUUUUCUGGAAAUCCUAAUAAACUUGAAGGAAUGGACCGUAAAAUUGUGGCAUCGUCGGAGCAUUGUGGUGUCUUUUUUACUACUGCUUGCUGUGCUUACAGCUACGUAUUAUAUUGAAGGAACACAUCAACAGUAUGUGAAAUUUAUGGAGAAAAAGAUUCUUUGGUGUGCCUACUGGGUAGGCUUAGGAAUUCUGUCUUCUGUUGGGCUUGGAACAGGUCUACAUACUUUUCUGCUUUAUCUGGGUCCACAUAUAGCUUCAGUUACACUAGCUGCUUAUGAAUGCAACUCAGUUAAUUUCCCAGAGCCACCGUAUCCUGAUCAGAUUAUUUGUCCAGAUGAAGAGGGUAUUGAAGGAUCUAUUUCUUUAUGGACCAUCAUCUCAAAAGUUAGGCUUGAAGCCUGUAUGUGGGAAGAAGAUAGAAUAACUACUGGAGCUGGCACAGCCAUUGGAGAGCUACCCCCUUAUUUCAUGGCCAGGGCAGCUCGAUUGUCAGGUGCUGAACCUGAUGAUGAGGAGUAUCAGGAAUUUGAAGAGAUGCUGGAACAUGCAGAUUCUGCACAAGACUUUGCAUCUCGGACUAAGUUAGCAGUUCAGAAGAUGGUGCAGAAGGUUGGAUUUUUUGGAAUUUUGGCCUGUGCUUCAAUUCCAAACCCUCUGUUUGAUCUGGCAGGAAUAACAUGUGGACACUUCCUUGUUCCCUUUUGGACAUUCUUUGGUGCAACUCUUAUUGGGAAAGCAGUAGUUAAGAUGCACAUCCAGAAACUCUUCGUUAUUAUAACUUUCAGCAAGCACAUAGUAGAACAGAUGGUGGCACUCAUUGGGGCUGUCCCCAGUCUAGGUCCUUCUCUGCAGAAACCUUUCCAAGAGUACUUGGAGGCUCAGCGGCAGAAGCUUCACCACAAGACAGAGGAGGGUAUACCACAGGGGGAAAACUGGUUGUCCUGGAUGUUUGAAAAACUAGUCAUUAUCAUGGUGUGCUACUUCAUCCUAUCCAUUGUCAAUUCCAUGGCACAAAGCUAUGCCAAGCGAAUCCAGCAGCAAAUGUAUUCAGAGGAAAAAACUAAAUGAGGCUGAUACAACUUAAUAUGCCCAUUCACAGAAGCUAUAAUUAAUUGAUGGGUUCUAACUAAAUUGGCACUAUUGUAAACAGAGAAAAGGGGGGGAAAUUGGCCCUUUUCCAGACUAAUAAUUUUUUUUCUGGGGGACUUGGGGGCAGUAUUAAAAAAAAUUGUUUUUGAAAGCAUUUAGUCCAUAUUUUUAAUUGACAGGCUUAUAUGUAAAGGUAAGAUAUAUAGUUUUCUUAAUUGGAUCUGAGUUGGGUUUUCUGAGUUGGAUGGUGUGUGGCAUUUAAUUUCCUCUUAAAUUACUUCCAAAAUUAAUGAACAACAAUACAAAUAGACACUUCAAGCCACCUCCCUCAAAAAAAAUUUUUUCAUUAAAUAUAUCAAAUUUAUUUGGCUUGACAUAAGUGUACAUUUUCUUUUCUAAAUCAUCAAAAUGUAUAUAAAUGAUAAUAGAUUGGAUAACAGCCUUGCAUGCCUAUCAUGGUGAUAAUUUAAUAUUCCAUCCUGCCCAGCCCUUCUUCCUCACCCACCCAGAAAAAAAAUGUCAUUUUAUGAUGCUUUGCACACCUCUGGGGUGCCUUUUUACAUUUUAAAACAGUGUAAGCAAAAUCUGGCUGGUGCCUCAUAAAUGAACUGGCAUCAUUUUUUAUUCUGUAUAUUUAGAAUGAAGUCACACACACACAAAAACAAAAAAACUUUAUAUAUAAAGUCAUCUUUGAUCAUUCCGGAA